UCUCCCUUGGCUCAUUGGCUCAGAAAGCUCCACCCAACAGAGGCGUGAGGAACAAAAGCUGCCUCCGGGAGGCCCCCGGGCAGACAGACCAGGGACCAGAGAGUCGGCUAGACCCAGGAAAGGCUCUCCCGGCCUCGCAGCCCCCACGCCACGAGUGGGUGCUCACAGGUGCAGACGGUCCACGUGAGGAAGCCAGGACACUAUCAGCAUGAACUGGGCAUCCCUGCAGGCCCUCCUGAGCGGCGUGAACAAGUACUCCACAGCACUGGGCCGCAUCUGGCUGUCGGUGGUGUUCAUCUUCCGCGUGCUGGUGUACGUGGUGGCGGCCGAGGAGGUGUGGGAUGAUGAACAGAAGGACUUCAUCUGCAACACCAAGCAGCCGGGCUGCCCCAACGUCUGCUACGACGAGUUCUUUCCCGUGUCCCACGUGCGCCUCUGGGCCCUGCAGCUCAUCCUGGUCACCUGCCCCUCGCUGCUGGUGGUCAUGCACGUGGCCUACCGCCAGGAGCGUGAGCGCAAGCACCGCAUGAAGCACGGGCCCGACGCCCCGUCCCUGUACGACAACCCAAGCAAGAAGCGGGGCGGGCUCUGGUGGACAUACCUGCUGAGUCUCAUCUUCAAGGCUGCUGUCGACGCUGGCUUCCUCUACAUCUUCCACCGCCUCUACCAGGAUUAUGACAUGCCCCGAGUGGUGGCCUGCUCCGAGUCACCUUGCCCCCACACGGUAGACUGCUACAUCUCUCGACCCACAGAGAAGAAGGUCUUCACCUACUUCAUGGUGGCCACAGCUGUGAUCUGCAUCCUGCUCAACCUCAGUGAGGUCACCUACCUGGUGGGCAAGAGGUGCCUGGAGACCUUCAGUCCGAGGCGCAAGCGGUCUCGGCACCGGGACCACCUGCCCGACACGUGCCCCCCAUAUGUCCUCUCCCAGGGAGAGCACCCCCAAGAUGGGAACUCUGUCUUAAUGAAGGCUGGGUCGGCCACCGUGGAUGCAGGUGGGUUUCCAUAACCUGUGAGGUCGGUAGCAAGGACCACCAGGGCCGUGGUCUGUUCCCUAAGGCCACGGCAGGGUGGUGGCAUCUUUUCUGCGGCAGGGCGGGUGAGGAAGACGGUUGCAGGGCUCAGGAAGCCCACCCAGGGGCCAGUGCUGGAGAGCAGUUUGGUCUCUGGGUCCUGAGCCCCAGGGGAGGGAGGUUGACGGCUGGUGGGCAUUUUGUAUAUGGUAAUGGCAUAUGUGGAAACUGUUAAUAAAUAUGAUUUUCCCAGUAUGUUGUAGACCGGGCGGGGCGUGGUGGGUAGAAGUGUCAGGGGGGUUCACCAUGGACCUCAG